AAAGUGAUAGUUUAAUCACUUCCUCUGUUCUUGCCUCUCUGCUCGGUCUUCCUUUGCCCCCCACUGAGUUUUAUUUCUUCAUCCUAUCCCUCCACCCGAUUUGGCUCCCCCAUCCAUUUGCCCCUGUUGUAGCACAUUCUUCGCCACCUAGCCACCUUGAAUUUUCCUACAUCCCCAACGCUGAGCUGAAUGUUCUCAUUUCAUGUGAAAACAAGGUGUCCUCACAACUUGAAAGUUGCAGGUCCUCUUAAUACCCCCAUUUAAUAGGUGAAGAGAACAGGUUUAACAGAUGACAGAGGUUUAGUAACCUGUCCAAGUAGCUCAAAAGUAGUGCAGUCAGGACUGCAGCACAGGGCAGUCAGACACCAGAAGCUGCUGGGGCUGUGCACGUGCGACCGACUGCCAGUUAAUAAAGUCUCACUGAGAUAAGGCAGAAUAUGCAUCACAACCCAUUUCAUAAGAAAAAGUUUAAAAUUUAAACUCCUAUAAAGAAUUUUUGGUCACCUUCAUGUUUUUGGCAGUGAUUUUAGCUUAAUGCCUCUUUCUGCAAGGCCUUACCUUGCAGGCUCCAAUAACAUCACUUUAUUUUGCUUGCUCUCUCUCUGAAGGUAGUGCAGAUGACCAUUACAGCAAAAGUGGACUUUGUGUCCAAGGUGAUGAGCCCAAAUACGAGGAUUUUCCAGUUUUUCCCUAGGGCUGAUGUUUAGAGGAAAGCAUUCUCCAGCAAAAACUAAGUUUUUCCAUAAAAAAUUUUAAAAAGUCAAGUAGGUUUUCUUUAUGGUGGUACUUCUCAGCCACAUAUACUUUGCGAAUCAUCAAGAAGGGGAUUUAGAUGGAAGCUUUUUCUAAGUUUGAAUAUGGAACACUUAGGAGGCCCUUUGUACUCAGAGCCCUGAGCUUUGAGCACAGUAGGAAGAUAAGAAGGGAUAAUCCAGCCCAGGGCCUCUCCACCUCUUUGCUUGCUUUUUAAUGGAGGGUCUCUGGUACUAAGGGGUUUUGGACUUGAUCUAAUGGGAAACUUUGAGAGUUUUAGGGAGGAGGAUAUAGCUCAGUGGUAGAGUGCAUGCCUAGCAUGCAUGAGGUCCUGGGUUCAAUUACCAGUACCUCUACUAAAUAAAUAAACCUAAUUACCUCCCUCCGUUAAAAGAAAAGUUUUAAAUUGGGGAGCAGCAAAUUUACAUUUUAGAAAGGAUACUUAAGCUGCAGUGAAUGGAUGCAGCAGGGAAGAACAGAAUCAGGGAAUCCAGUUAAGAGGUUGAUGAAUGAUGAAAAUUCAGGCAAGAAAUGACGGGUCAGGUACUAGAACAGUGCCUGGAACACUACUUGAAAGAGUAAGAAAAACGUGUGUCCUGGAAGGUAAGGGACUUCGAAGCAUCUCUAGGAGAGGGUAACAGAGAUGAUGUCUUUCCAGGUGCCCCUCCCCCAUCCUCGGGUCACAAACAAGUUAAAAAAGUCUGUGAAUCAAAAAUGACCGUGUCUUUUUAAAGGAGGGAAAAAUUUUAAGUGUCGUCUAGAUUUAGGCACGUGGGAUGAACUUAAAAUGACAAAUUGGGCUGGGUUUGGUAGAGGUGGUGAUCAGAAGUCAAAGUGGCUGGACGUCAGGAAGAGACCACAGUGAAGUUUGAUGAGCACCUUGAGGGCAUGGGUACUAAUCACGGCCGUCCCUCGUAAGUGCUGAGACUGUGCUCAAGACAUGGUAACUUAAAAAAAUGAAGAAAGGCAAGCAGAUAUUUGUCCCGAGCACUGACUUGGCCAAAUCCGGUGCUUGGCCUGUGGGUUCAAGGAAAGGAUCUGGGUAGGGCUUGAGCGAACCGGCGUGACAGCGGAAGGCCUGCAAGUUCCAUUAUGCAUCCAGUCAGCUACAACAGGAAUUCGGCCUCGCGGGCCGCGGGCUUGAUUCCACCGCCAGCCCCUGCCCAAGAUGGCCUCGGCGGGCGCCCAGGUGGGUGUGGUUUUCGGGGAGGCCCCGCCCCAGAACGCUGCUCUAAUGGGAGCCUUCUCGUGUCCAUGGCGACGGCGGCGGCGGCGGCUGCCGCCUUGGAGAAGGAGGUGCCGCCGCCGCCGCCGGGAUCUCCGAGCUAGGCACGAACCCCGGGCGCAGUGGGGAGCGGGCUCCCCCUCGCGAUUGGCCGGGACAACCAGUCCUGUGGAACAAGGAGGCGGCUCCGGAGGACCAGCAACGCCCAAGAAGGAGCAAGAGCCAGCUGAAGGGCGGACAUGAACGACCAGCUGAGUCCAGCACCGGGCCGAUAGGGGCAGAUCCAGCAGCUCCUCCUCUUCGGAACCUCGGAAUCUAAAAGGAUGGAGCCAAGUACCUGUAAGACCAGUGAGUCAGAGGAAGACUAUGUUGAAGAGGAGGGAUCUGAGGAGGAAUGUGUUAAAGGGGAAGGUACCACCCCUUCUAACCCUUCUCAUCAGGCACUCUCAAAAGCAGACUGCAAUGCAUUUAUGAAUGGAGUUGCCUUAUCCGUUGUAGCCAAGAAAAUACCAAAGAAAGUCAUAACCGCAGCUGACCCAGAUGACUUAGAAGUUGGGAGGAGAAAGAAAAGGCGGAAACACAGACCCUUGGCCAUCAACCUGACCAACUGCAAAUAUGAGAGUGUGCGUCGAGCAGCCCAAAUGUGUGGCCUGAAAGAGGUGGGGGAGGAUGAAGAGUGGACAGUGUACUGGACAGACUGCUCUGUUUCACUGGAACGAGUCAUGGACAUGAAGAGGUUUCAGAAAAUCAACCACUUCCCUGGCAUGACAGAAAUCUGCCGCAAAGAUCUGCUGGCUCGGAACCUCAACCGCAUGCAGAAACUCUAUCCUACAGAGUACAACAUCUUCCCCCGCACCUGGUGCCUCCCCGCAGACUACGGGGACUUCCAGUCCUAUGGUCGUCAGCGAAAAACCCGCACUUAUAUCUGCAAGCCAGACAGUGGCUGCCAGGGACGUGGCAUCUUCAUCACCCGAAAUCCACGGGAGAUCAAGCCAGGAGAGCAUAUGAUCUGCCAGCAGUACAUCUCCAAGCCCUUCCUCAUUGACGGCUUCAAGUUUGAUAUGCGAAUCUACGUCCUGAUCACAUCCUGUGACCCUCUUCGGAUCUUCAUGUAUGAGGAGGGCCUGGCCCGCUUUGCCACCGUGCCCUACGUGGAGCGCAGCCACAACAACCUGGAUGACGUCUGCAUGCACCUGACCAACUAUGCUAUCAACAAACACAAUGAGAAUUUUGUCCGGGAUGAUGCUGUGGGCAGUAAGAGGAAGCUGUCGACGCUCAACACCUGGCUGCGAGAGCAUGGCUACGACCCCCGAGAGCUGUGGGGGGACAUCGAGGACAUCAUCAUCAAAACCAUCAUCUCGGCACAUUCUGUUCUUCGCCACAACUACCGAACCUGUUUUCCCCAAUAUCUGAGUGGAGGUACAUGUGCCUGUUUUGAGAUUCUUGGUUUUGACAUCUUGCUGGACCACAAGCUGAAGCCCUGGCUGCUGGAGGUAAACCACUCUCCAAGCUUCACCACUGACUCACGCCUUGAUCGGGAAGUGAAGGAUGCACUUCUCUGUGAUGCCAUGACUCUUAUCAACCUCCGAGGCUGUGACAAAAGAAAGGUGAUAGAGGAGGACAAGCGGCGAGUCAAGGAGAGGCUUUUCCAGUGCCACCAACAGCCAAGAGAAGCCAAGGGCUCCAGGCGAGAACAAAGUGAGUCAUCCCAUGCAGCACUGCUGGACCAGGAACGCUAUGAGGAUGCCCACCUUGGGGGGUACCGGCGGAUCUACCCUGGGCCCGACACAGAGAAGUAUGCACCCUUCUUCAAGCACAAUGGCUCCCUCUUCCAGGAGACGGCUGCUUCCAAGGCCAGAGAGGAGUGUGCCAGGCAGCAACUGGAAGAGAUCCGCCUUAAGCAGGAACAGCAGGAGACCUCAGGCAAUAAGAGACGAAAGGAAAACAAGGACCAGAACCAGGGUGAAUCAGCAGGGGAGAAGAGCCAAUCCAGGGCCCGGCUCAGGAGCCUUUCCACCCACUUGGCUUACAGGAACCGGAACCGGGAGAAAGAGCUGCCACCAGUACACCUGGACACCAUGCAGCCUCAAGAAAUUGUGGAAGAGGAGGAGCUGGAGCGGAUGAAGGCCCUGCUACAAAGGGAAAAUCUCAUCCGAAGUCUGGGUAUUGUAGAGCAGCUCACCCACAUUCUGCACCCCAGCCACCAGGGCCAGAAAAAACUUCACGAGUAUCAGCCUAGAUUUCACCAGGACAGGCUGGGCAGUCAAGAACUGCAAUCUGUGAGUUUGGUCCCAUUGGUCCUCCUGAGAAGGGCUGCCAAAGAGCAGGUUCCUCACUUCCUGCAUCCAGUUCAGCCCCACGAGUUGAUCCCCAGGAUCGUAGGGCCACCGUCAAGCAUGAAUGCUGCAGUUCCACAUCAUUCCUGGUGCCAUCUGCAGCCCAAGAACUUCAACUGGAUAAGAGCUCCAGCAGCCAUCAGCCUCUGUUCAUUGUCAAUGAAGACAUCUGGAAGGCACUAUUUUCCCAGUGCCAGAGUCAGCCUUACAAGCCAAGGCCAAGCCAGCAGAAGACUAGAAGCCAUAAACCAAGCCCUGGCAGGACGAGUGUCACCCUCUUUAACCCCAAGCCAGGGCCAUCUUCUGCAACGGGAAAGAGUGCACAACCCUGCACUCCUGGACAGCAAGCACCACAGGUAAAUGCAGGAAAGAAGCCCAGCACUCAGGCUCUCCUGGAGAGCCCCCUUCAGGUUUCCAAAGGGGCAAAGGGUCUUCAAUCUUUGCUAACUCAGACUGCCACCAAAGUUCAGUUUUAAAAGCCCUGGCCAGGAACCCUAUUUGCAUAAAGCAAAACACAAAGACGCCCAUAAUUCCUCAAUUCCAUAAGAUUAUUUCCAGAUCAGUAAAGACUAUAAGAUGAAGAGGAGCCAGGGCGAUGUGCUCAUCUCUAACCUUCAAACCUCAGCCUGGAUUUACCACUAGAUGAUGGGUCUGACCCCUGGGUGAGGCCCGGGACGGGAGGUUAUCUGGGAGACAAGAAGCCCCUUUCCCAGAGGAGCCGAGUCCCCACGGUACGGGACUGUCGCCAUCAGUGGACCGCCAAGAGGACGCCCUUCCCGCCGCCGUGGCGGAGACAGGACGGCCUGGGCAGCCGUUGGGGCAGAGGGGCAGCUUUUGGCAAUUGAACCCGUCUUUUUAUUAAAAUUUAUGCCGUUUUGCAGGCGUGUCCUCUACCUCAUUCCGGCCCGCGAAUGGUAGGGAAGUCUUCUCCAUAAUUACAGUCAGGAAGGGUGGGCCUUGGAACGGUUCAAGCUCUGAAGUCA